CAUCUUCUACUUUUUAUCUCUCUUCUGGUUCACACUACUACUACUACUCUCUUCUUCCAGUUCUAGUUCUGAACUCUCCGAUCUGUCUACACCGCCGGAAGAAAUGGUGGAAGGUAAAGGUUCAACUCUAGUUCAUCUUCUCGUUAUAGCUCUCAGCUUAACCGCUUUCGGUUUCUCCAUCGCCGCCGAGCGCCGACGAAGCAUUGGAACAUUGAGAAAUGAUGAGCGCACAAACACCACAUACUGCGUUUACAGCUCGGAUGUGGCAACUGGAUAUGGCGUAGGCGGAUUCCUCUUCCUUCUGAGCAGUGAAUCACUUGUAAUGGGCAUAACCAAGUGUAUGUGCUUUGGAAGACCAUUGGCUCCAGGGGGAAACCGGGCUUGGACCAUUAUCUACUUCAUUUCAUCAUGGGCCACAUUCAUCGUGGCGGAAGCUUGUCUAAUAGCAGGAGCAAAGAAGAACGCGUACCACACAAAGUACAGGGACAUUAUCUACGCUCACGAUUUCUCUUGCGAUACAUUACGAAAGGGUGUAUUUAUAGCAGGUGCGGUGUUUGUGGUUGCGACGAUGGUUCUGAAUGUGUACUAUUACAUGUAUUUCACAAAGGUUACGAAUCAGCAGGCAGCAGCAGCUCAUAAAUCGAAUCGAAUGAGUUCCAACAUUGGAAUGUCUAGCCGUGUAUAAAUUUACAAGGCAUAUAUUAAUUAUGACCAAGGUUAGUUAUUGGAAAUGUGGGUAUUAUUAUAAUUUAUAGGGUAUCUAUUCUAUGGAAUGGGAUUUUUGAAGAAAAGUAUUCACUUUGUUUGCUUAAUGGUUGGAUUGAUACAUCGAUUAACCAUUUAAACAAACGGGUGUUCAUUUUUAUAACUAUGUUGGUUUUAUCUCAAUUCUAAUGAGAAAUCUUCAAAGUUUUUAAUUUUUUUUUUUUUUU